UGGUUACCAUAUUAUGAUUGUUGAUUCCUGGUUCAAAAUCAUUAAACCAAAACCACUUUUGUAACAAAAAAGGUUAUCCAGAAAUUCCCAGGUAAAAAUGAAUUCUGAAAACAAAUCUCCACUCAAAAUAAAGCAACUUAUCGCUCAGCUUGGCCUCCAGCCAUCAAAAAGUGUUUCUAAACCAGAAAACCCCAUGCAGCAUGUCCCAUGCGAAGUUGAAUAUCCAUCCCCAAUAGUUUCCUCUGUCAGGAAGAGGAAAUCCCCAACCAAAACUGAAUCGUCCAGUUCACAGAAAAUACGAAUAAAUACUCUUGAUUCGUCAGGGGAUCAAAUAAUCGAUCUUACAGAAAUAUCUUCGAGUAGCAGUGAUACAAUUAUUUAUGAGUAUAACCGGGAUUCAGGAUUCGAUUCGUUCACCCUUGAAAAAAACACUGUUACUGUUUUGCCAGAAGAAAAUCUCAAUCAAUGUGACCCCAAUAAAGUGGAUAAUAUUCAAUUAUCUGAUGAUCCAUUAAGUCCUCAUACAAAAUGUUUAAAUUGGAUCAGCGGUCCUGAGCCUGAUAAAAAUUCAAAUAACGCACCAGAAGCUACAAAAAUGUUUCUUAAUAAGCAAAAAGAUUUGGACAAUAUUCCAGAAAGUUCCAAUGAUAUAUUAACGACACCUGUCAGUUUAUCAGAUGAAUCUAUCCAACCACAAGUUACCAAAGAUCAGCCAAAAAUUUGCAUUAUAGAUGUUCAAAAAAGAACAACAAAUAAUGUCUAUUUAUCAAACAAAUCCACUAAAAAUCAUCAUCAGCCAAAAAUGUCCACUACAGAUGUCCAAAAAGCAACAACAAAUAGUGUCAAUUUAUCAAAUAAAUCUGCCAAACAGCAUGAAAUAUUCACUGCAGAGCCAGAAAUUUCCAUCAAAGAUGUUCCAGAAACAACAACAAAUAGUGUCAAAUCACUCAAAAAAUCCAUAAAAAAUCAGCACCAGCAAGAAAUCUUCAUUACAGAGCCAAAAAUUUCCAUUACAACAACAACAAAUACUAGCCAAAAGGUUUCAAAUAAAUCAACAAAGAUUGUGGGUGCUACUAACAACCCAAUAUCAUUACCGAUAAAUUCAAGUCCCAAUACAAAAUUAAGAAAACAAACUAUAGUUGGGAAACAGUUACUUAUCCAUCCUGAUCAAAAUCAACCUCAAGUAUCCUUGAAAAAUACACAUACAAAAUAUAGACAAUCUACCUUAUCUGGGAGAAAUAAUUCUAUUGAAUCGACGAUCUCAAAUAAAAAAAUCAAUAAAGAUCAAAUAAGCAGUGAAAUUUCUACUAUUUCAGACAUUGAAAACAUAGAUCAAGGCAAAAAAAGAAUUGUACAAGCAAUAAAAGACUUAUUCAACAACUUUACAUCUGUAAAAUCUUUGAAAAAUUUACUUAGUCCAGAGGAAAGCCAUCUUAUGCACAAAUUUGAAACAAUGAACGAAAAUCAACAAUACAUUAUCAUCAAAAUGUACACUAGAAAAAAAAUCUGGUAUAAUGUGUCGAAAUUUUGCGAAAUGGUGCAUAUAGAAUUCAUUGAGGAAGAUUUCCGUAGUUUAUGCAAACAAGAGUUUUUGGAAUACUUCAAACCUGAUCCAGAAAACAUUGAGGAAAAUCUUGAACAAUUAGAACUAGCAAAAAUUAAAAAAAUCGUAACUGACUUGAACAUUUCUAGUACAGAUAAAACAAAGAAACAUAUGAUCAAGAGUAUUUUAAAAAAAUGUAAUACUCAAAUGACAUUAACUAAAAAGACUUUUAAAGAUGUUUUAAUGGAGAAAAUUACAAAAACAUUUGGAGAAGUAAUAAGAAUAAAACAUAACAUAAUUGAAGCUUUUAAUCAUUUUUGUUUACUUGCAAUUUUCACUAAUUCAGCCUUUGAAGACAUUCAAGAUUAUUUGAGAUAUAAUAAUACAAUCUUGCCUGAAGUGCCACUAGCAGAAGAUUUCCCUAUAUUUUAUUCAAGAGAGAAAUUUUUGGAAUACGCUAAUGCCAUACAGCUAAAAAAACAACUAGAAAAUAUUAUUGCAACUCCUAGUUCAGACCAGAAACUGACAGCCAUAAAUGAACUAGCCAAACAAGCUUAUAAUUGUUUGAAUAAUAUAGGCGAUUAUGAUGAUCAUGAAAAUGAUCCACAUUUGAAUCGAUAUACAGCUGCACAUGUGUACAGGAAAUUAUUGUCCAGUUGCUGUGAUAAACUUUUCGCCAAAAAAAAUGAAUUUUCUUCUCAAGUGAAACAGUGGCUGGAGUUUUUAAUAAUCAAAUUUCCUUCUUCCAGGAGAUUAGGCAAAUGGUAUUAUACACUUAUAGGGCUACAUAUAAGGCACUUGCAAACGAUUGAUCAUGAUACAGCUGCUAGGCUUUUGAUUGAGGUUUUAUCCCAGAAGACAUUUUGUUUGGGUGAAAGAACUAAAUAUGAACUAGAACUUUUAGGAGAUUCACUUAAAAACAAUAAGACACAUCAGAUUAUUCAAGAUUCUAAGAACAAAAUAGCUGAAUUGAUUCCAAGUUUAAUUGAUAUAAGUUCUAUACCAGUAAAAAGAUUUAGUUCCAAAGCUAUUCCUUCAACUAGCACUGGUAGGAAAAGGAUGUAUACUUUCAAAAGCGAUGACGGAGUUACUAUAUUAAAUGUUGAAACUCUAGCUUUAAUAGAAUAUAAAAAGGAUGGUUAUAUUGCUGGAGAUCAUUCAGAAGGAGCUCACAUCCACCAACUUUUAAUGCUUUAUUUUUGGGACAUAUUUUAUAACGUGGAAGAACUGGUUGAAUGUGUUUUUAUCAGCAAACUUCAAAACGCACCUCUGGAUAUUUUCAGUGAAUAUUUUUAUGAUAAUCGAAAAGAGUCUAUUGAUAAGCGUUUAAAGGAAAUCGAUUGUGAGUGGCCUCAAGAGAAACUUUUGGAGUUUGGGAUUACAAAUUGGGAAGAGCAUUCGCAUAAAUGGGCUGUUUUUGGAGCAAUAAAUUCGGUGCUUCUUGAGAAGGAAAUGGUUAAGGAUUUAGUUGAGGUUAUUGGAAGGAAGGUGUUGGCCAAGAUAUUUCAAAGGCUUAUCAAAAACUUGGGAGAAACCAAAAGCGGAAUGCCGGACCUUCUUGUGUGGAACACCAAAACCAAAACCCAUAAAUUUGUUGAAGUUAAAGGGAAAAAUGAUAAGUUGGCUGCACAUCAGAUCUUGUGGUUGAAUUAUCUACAAGAGGCUGGAGCUAAUGUCGAGAUAUGUUAUGUGGACAGUACUUGUUAAAGAAGACGUUGUAUACCUGUGAAUGUCUUCCUUGAACAGUUCAACACUAUAUUGAUGAGAAGAUGGCUGCGGAACUCGUUUCACUCGUCCCGCAGAGGUCCACCCAUAAGUUCCGCAAUAAUCCACUUAUUCGUACUUGAACAAUAACUUAUUAUAUGAACUCAAAAUUUGUAAGAUUAUGAUUAUUCACUUUUUGUCAAUUCGCCUUUCAACAGGAAUUAGUAAUGUUACUUUAC